UCAAUGUCAAAUAACCAAGAAAUACAAAUUUUUUGGAGUGAUGAUUUCAGUAUUUUCCUAAAUUAUGCAAGAAAGUUUCCAUAAAUCUCAUAUCACGUUUAAUAAGAUUUACACAGAUCAAAAUAAUCAUUAUCAAUGUCAUGGUUUACGGAACUCGCCGGCAAGGCAGAAACUUUGCUCAACAAUAUAGACGAACAGACUGGUGCAGCAUUACGAAGUCAUAAUGCAAUGAAAAGUAAAAAAUAUGACAAUGCGUCUCGUACAGAUAACUCAAGGACUCAGAAUAAACGUCCACCGCUUUGGGCACCUAAAAAGAUACAUUUUGAAAAGGAUCGUUCUCCGUCUCCGAUAAAAAAAAGAAUAGUUAUACCUAACGCAUAUAUAGGUGACAACAGAGCACAAGAACAGGUGAAAAUGAAAUCUCCUGUAAGAAAAUCAAAUAUGGUGAAUUCAUCGCCUAUUUCUCCUAGAUUUUCUGGAAUUGAAAACAAACCUAAUGAUUGGAGUAUGGAUCAAUAUGGAGUACGAAGAAGAAGGAAUACAUUUUCGGGUGACGUAAGCUCAUUACACAUGGAUAAUGUAUAUAAAAUGCAAAAUCUUGAGGUGGAAAAUGCAAUGUUGAAAAAUGAAAUAAAUGUUAUGAACAGGGAACUUUCCGACUUGAUGGAUAGGUUACGGAAAACUGAAGAUGAUCUAAAUCAUUACAAAAGUUCACCAAUGAAUGAAGGUUUGGAUGCUCGCAACUUGAAGGUUGAUAAUGAAAUGUUACGGUCACAGUUAGAUCAGUUGAAACAAAAGGUUGUAGAUCUUAGUACUUCGGAUGUUAAAAAUAAAGAACAUAAUCAUGAACUAGAGGCAGAAGCAAUUGAGCUCAGAAGUGCAAAUAGACAGCUGGAAGAGAAAUACAAAAUACUAAAUGAAGAACUAAGUAAAAAGGAAUUAGCCAUAUCUAAAGUGGAAAAUGAAUUGAGGCAUGCACAAGGUGUAAUUAGUGAGCAACAGGGAAGUCUAGAGAAAUCAACAUCGGAGUGUCGUAGGUUAGAGAAAGAUUGGGAAAGUUAUAAAUUGAGAGUGAAGAGUAUGCUUUUCUCUAAAGAUGAAGAAAUUAAAAAAUUAAGAGAAGGUUCCAAUCUGGCUGAAGAUACAAAACAAUUGAUUGAACAGAUGAAGGUUUUGAAAGAAGAACGGGAUGAUCUAUCGGAACAGAUAUCCAAAGUGAAGGAAGAAAGUGAAAAGAUAAAAAUAUCAAUGGGUGAGAUGGUAUCACGAAAUGCUGCAGUGGAGAGGAUUGUUAUUGCGUUACGAGAUGCAUUGAAAGAAGAGCGGUCAGCAAGAACACGGUUUGAAAUGGAAUCUGUUAGUCUUGAAAAGGAAUUGAAAGCGAUGCAUGUAGAAAUGGGUCAGACUAUCGCAAAGCUGAGAGCCUCGUUACAAGCUAAGGAAUCAGAACUGAACAAGAUCAGGGACAGUCAGAGCGCACCCACGUCUGAUGUCAGCUCGCUUAAUGUCGCAGACUAUGAUGUGGCACAGGCGGCAAUGGAUAGUGAAAGGGUACAACAUUUAUCUCAGUUGUUGGUGCAAAAGCAAGGGAAAGUGGAAGCGUUACUGGCGGAUAAUAAUACUCUCAGGAUACAGUUGGAUAAAUUACAGACGAAGUACAGGACGGAGGUGUCGAGUGCGCGUGCGCAGCUGCACAGUGUGGUGGUACAAGAGUCUCGGGCGCGCUACUCGCCCGCAGACACACUCGCCAAGAUGUCGCUGCGUAUCGGACAUAUGAGCAGGCGAUAUCCCAUACUUAGAGUCUUUAUUAUAUUUUAUAUGAUUGGCCUACAUCUAUGGGUAUUUACCGUCCUAUUUACGAACACUCCCGAAACAUUUACAAGACCGAGCAAAACGUAACGUUUGUGUACUUAUGAAAAGCUAUAAUGUUGAAUUGUUUGGAAUCCAUUGCGGAUAUCCAUUUAUGGAUACUAUGUAUAUCCAGGAUUCACUUUUACUUUAUAACUUCUGGUAAUAUAAUUAUUGGUAAUGUUUUUUUUUUAAAUUAAGGUUAACUCACGUAAUAAAUCUCCAUUGCUAUGUAUAAACCAAUUACAUAUUAUAAUUUUAUAGAGUUUUGAUAUUUGCUCAAUUUUUAUAAUUUUUCAUCUCAUUUCAUACAUUUUUAGUAUGUUUCUAUAAAAUUUAUUAUCAAUUUUUCUCUGCAAUGGCUUCCGAAUAAUUCAAUCCAAUACGAUUUUGCCAUUUGUCUGUAAGUCAAAAUCUUUCCUUCGUCGCCAUAAAAGUCAUAGACUUAUAAAAACUGUGCUAUAAUUUAUUUAUCCUAAUUGGAUUGUCUCUAUCACAAAUUAUAUAUAGUUUUAUUUUUAAGGGAUAAAAUAAAAAUAAAUCCUGUCUCCAAGUUUAAACUUUGGUAUACUUAGUUUAAAGUAAUUUGGCCCGUGGUAGUCACGUGCCGAUCUGUCAUAAACUAUCUAUACGGAGUUUUGCUAAUGUUAAUUGCCUACUUAUAUCAUUGGGUUAUUUUGAAAGAAAAGCGGGUAUCUCUAGGGUAUUACCAUUAGGGGAGAAACCAGUUGAUUCCCACGGUAAUAUUACUAAAAAAAUAUACAAACAUAU